AUGUGUACUUACUUCGCUUCUCAUCCACAACCUGGAGCGGCACAGAAGAGAAACAGUGGCCAAAGACAUUGUACGAGAAAUAUAGUAUCAGGGGAUCUAGACCUUGGUAUUGUGGGUCUUGAUACAGUUAGUGAAAUGGGCAGUUUCACAUAUCAGAAUGUAAACUCAAUGAAGGAGCUAGCGCAAAUGCGUCAAUGGACACCCGAGAAACCUCUGAGAGUUGCCACUGGUUUCACUUAUCUGGGUCCUAAAUUUAUGAAGGAAAAUGGAGUGAAGCAUGUUACUUUUUCAACUGCUGAUGGAGCAUUAGAGGCAGCUCCUGCGAUGGGAAUAGCUGAAGCUAUUGUGGACCUUGUGAGUCGUGGAACCACAUUGAGAGAGAACAAUUUAAAAGAAAUUGAAGGUGGAGUUAUAUUGCAAAGUCAGGCUGUCCUUGUUGCUAGCAGGAAUUCCUUGACCCAACGGAAAGGUGUAUUAGACAUCACACAUGAAAUUCUUGAAAGAUUGGAGGCACAUUUGAGGGCAAUUGGACAGUUCACGGUUACUGCAAACAUGAGGGGAAGCAGUCAAGAGGAGGUGGCGGAGCGAAUACUGAGCCAAACAUCAUUAUCGGGCUUGCAGGGGCCAACUAUAAGUCCUAUUUUUUGCAAACGUGAUGGGAGAGUAGCAGCAGAUUACUAUGCCAUAGUCAUAUGUGUGCCCAAAAAGUUGCUUUACAAGUCUGUCCAACAGCUGAGAGCAGCGUUGUUUCGUUGCAAAAGGGCAAGCAGCUGGGGUCCUGACGGGACAUAUAGAAGGCAUUACUUUUAUUGACAGUCGUGGAGAUGGCCGUUAUUUUAUCUCGAAUGGAAAGGAUCAGGCAAUCAAACUUUGGGAUAUUCGGAAAAUGUCUUCUAACGUCACUUGCACCAGCAAAAGCUUUAGGGAUUAUGAGUGGGAUUAUAGAUGGGUGGAGUACCCAUCUCAGGCAAAAAAAUUGAAACAUCCUAAUGAUCUGUCAUUGGCUACAUAUAAAGGUCAUUCAGUCUUGCGCACUCUCAUACGCUGUUACUUCUCCCCAGCAUAUAGCACUGGUCAAAAGUACAUCUACACCGGAUCUAGUGAUUGCUUUGUGUAUAUCUAUGAUCUGAUUGGCAAUGGUGGAAAAUAGUUUGGGCUGCAUCGGAAGAUUUGAUUUUGUGUUUUUGAAAAUAUUUUGACAUAGGAUUUUGGUAAAUGAUUUAUGGAUUAAAUGUUUAGCAUCAAAAUAUUUAGUGUUGUGUUUUUGCAAAUAUUUUGACAUAGGAUUUUAGUAAAUGACUUGUUGGUUAGAUGUUUAACAUCAAAAUAUUUGGUUGUAAUUUUGAAAAUGUUUUGACAUAGGAUUUGGUAAUGUAUUUAUGGAUUUAAUGUUA